AUUUAUAUAUUCUAAUGAUUAUCCCUCAUGAUUAGGAACGGAAAUUGUCUCGUUAGAUUUGCAAUCAACGAGAAUAUCACCGUCUCGCGGUGUUCAACCGCCGUGAUUUAAAUAAAAAAGGUGCAAGGAUGUAAGUCAAAGACCUUACGUUUUAGGAUCAGAAAUUAUUUUUACGGUCUCUUAGAGCUAUACAAGUAAAACACAAGAUGUGAAAAAAACGUAAGGAUUGUUACGUCAUGUAACAUUUUAGUGUAAAUAUGACACGAUAACAAAACAAAAUAAAAAGGAUUAUCGGAAAUAGUGCUAGAUUAAGUCUAGCACCAUAGAGAACCGCUUGACAUGUAAAUUUGUUUGAAAUCUCUAGGUAUAUACAUACUAUACAUAAUUGCAUUACGAGUCCACCAUAUUACUGAAAAGAGAUUCGUUCCGUUUGAUUUUGAUUUAUAGCGGUGAUAAUGCCAAAGUGUUCAAAGGAAAAUGGUUCACCGCCUGAUUUAGUCUUUCCGUGCUCACAAGAAAAUAAUAGAUUGCUCCCCUCUUUCGUUAUACAUGAAUAUCCGACGAACAUGAAUCGUGUCUUCGAAAUAAAUAAAUAAAUAAUUUUAUAAUUUGUAGAGUAAUUUCCGAACAUAUUUAGAACUGUUCGUGUUUUCGUAACGAUCAUGAACAGUUCAUAGACCUUCCGUGUUCUAGUAUAUAUAAGAAUAUAACUUAAGUUUUAAUAUUAUUGUAAUUUCUGUGUCGGACAAUUUGUAUAUUUUCUAUAUGUAUCCUUUAAGAUUUUACCUUGAAAACCAUGAGCGUUUGAUACUAGUUCGAUCGAGCGGCUGAUUAGUACUAAAACUUUGUAACAAAGUGACCAAAGUUUAAAAGUUUAUAGAAAAACGGUGUGUGUGAACGCAUAAUCAUCCAUGGUAGUGCGCUCCGCAGAUUUCACGGAAAUAAUCCUGUACGGUGCAGGCGUUGGAAAUUGAUGCGUAACGUUUUUCAAUAAAACAAAGUAAUCCUUUAUUCUGAUGACCAUUCGAACAUGUAAAUUUUCUGCUAUACAAUUAAUUCAAUGUAAUCUAGUUAUUUAACUAAGUAAAUAUUUCAUAGAAACGUCCAGUUUUAUAUGGUAUCUUUUCUUUCUCUAUUUGUUUUACAUCUCCAUAGGUAGCGUCUGAAAUGAUUAGUAAUGGCAAAAUAUGUUUUACGUCGUGGAAAAUCAGCGAUCAAUGUAUUAUUUGUCUGCUUGCACUUACAAGGCUGUAAUAUAUUACACAAGCAGACUACUUUCAAUCUACUCUACCUGAGGAGGAAAACGCACCAAAAUGAAAUUAUAUGUAAUCAGAAAAUCAAAUUAUUGUAUAAUUUCCUUUUACCAGUUUGCCUUUCACUGGAUUCCCUGGACAGAAAUAAAUGCCUGUCUUAUAAAAGACUAUCUUUUGGUGUCAUCUUAUCAUAGUUUGUAUCCAAGUUCUAACGUUAAAUGAAUUUGUAGAGGAGACAGUGAUGAGUCGGCUGAAAGCUGUAUGGAACUGUCCUAAUUAGUUUUACACAUGGAAUUUGUUUUCCUCGCUCUUCCUGUCGGUUGUCGGCUUGUUUUUAUUGACCGUAAUGUGAAACCCAGCUUCCAACCACUUUACGUGGGAGUCAUCACAUCCACAUGUACUAGUGUGAGUGUGCAGGAAGUACAAGUGUCACGUUGACCGUACUAUUCAGAACCGCUUGUCAAACGACAACAGCACUAAAAUUUUGUAUUUAAGACAGCAGAAUAUUUCACAUUAUCUGUGACAUUUUAAUUAUAAAAAGGUAAUAGUGAUAGAAGUCUUAGACUGCAAGUUCUAACAUUUAUAUCGAUCCGAAGUACUUUUAUUUGAUCUUAAAGAACCGCAUGUUAUGAUUUUCAGAACAUUUCUACUGCAAUGAACUUUGAACCUAUUGAUUACCCGGUGUUCCAAGCUUUUACUAUAAUUAUAUUGUUGGCGUUACAGUGUCGUCUCUUUAUUUUUAAUUUGUUAUAUGUACUUAUAUUAUGUGUAUUUUUUCCCCUGUACGAUUUUUAUGAACUGUCAUUAACGUGUUGUGUUUUUACUAGUGAAGCAUCAUGCAAGUGCUUCGUUCGCCCCUGGUCGGAUGCACGUGCAGUUCACAUGUGUUAUUCGAGUAACGGGGGGCGGGGUUAAGAGUGACACGUCGGUGAAGAGGGAAUCCUGGAGGAAGCGACAGAAGCCGUCGGAGCUUAGUCAUUCAUAAAUGAGCUGCCGGUGUAGUCGGAUCGUUCUUUCAAGUUAACAAAGUUGUAUAACGAUUAACUGAUAACUGUGCGAUGCAGCAUGGCUGCACGAAGGAAAGAAGAAUCGAUGAAACAACGUUAUCAAGCGAAUGCACGUGAAAGGGAUCGGACUCAUAGUGUGAACACGGCUUUCAGCACCUUGAGAACUUUAAUACCGACGGAACCGGUGGAUAGAAAAUUGUCAAAAAUAGAGACUUUGAGAUUAGCCAGCAGUUACAUCAGCCAUUUGGGUGCCAUCCUCGUUGCAGGCCCCAUAGAUCAACCCUGUUCACGUAUCGGGAACAGUAUGUAUGGGACAGAUCAUUGGGCAGACUCGCAAAGACCACAAGUUUGCACUUUCUGUCUUUCCAUGCACAAAAAAUACAGUUUGAAUAUCGCUACGGAGGUAAUUUCGGAUUACCAAAUUUCGGAGAGAACUUUGUACGGUAUUCCUACGAGUACAACGACGUACUUCAAUGCAAAUAACGUCUAAAGCCUAGGCUGUGUAAAAUAAUUGACUGUACAUUCCCUGUAUAUACGCAUUUAUUGAGUUUAAUAAAAAUUUUAUUCGAACUAUUAA